ACUUGACGUGUUUCCGGAGAAUGGAGAAGAAUUUCACAAAGAAAAAGAAAACUCCUCGCAUUCCAUUGUUAAUGAAUGAAGCAAUAGAGUUUGAUAAAGAAAAACUCAUCGCAUUCCAUUCUUGUAUAUAAUAAAAAUCACCUCUCUUAUCACUCUUUUUCAUCUAACAAACUCAAUUUCAAGAACUGAAUUCUAAUCGACACAAGAAGCUGAAUUUCCAUAGCAGAAGCAAUGGCUUCAUCUUCAAGCUACAAACCCUACACCCUCUCACAAAUCCUAACCUCUCACCAACGUCAUAUCUUCGCCGUCAAAUUCUCCUCCAGCGGCCGUCUUCUUGCCUCGUGUUCCGCCGAUAGAACCAUCCUCACCUACGGUUUCACAAACUCCGAUUCCCUAACCCUAUCCCCCAUGCAACAGUACGUAGGUCACCAACUCGCCGUUUCCGACGUCGCUUUCUCUUCCGACUCUCGUUUCCUCGUCUCCUCCUCCGACGACAAAACCGUCCGGCUAUGGGACGUUCCGACGGGGUCGCUGAUCAAGACUCUUCACGGCCAUGGUAGCUACGUCUUCUGCGUUAAUUUCCAACCCGAUUCGAAUAUCAUCGCUUCGGGAUCGUUUGAUGAGACUAUUAGGAUGUGGGAUGUUAGGUCUGGGCAAUGUGUUAAGCGUAUUACCCCCCAUUCUCAAGCUGUUAGUGCCAUUGAUUUUAAUGGCGAUGGGACUCUCAUGGUUUCUGGUAGCUAUGAUGGUCUUUGCAGGCUUUGGGAUGUUUCUACUGGUCACUGUAUGAAGACUCUCAUCUUUGAUGUGGAUGAGAAUCCUCCUGUUUCAUAUGUCAAGUUUUCACCCAAUUCAAAGAUGAUUCUUGUUGCUACCUUGGAUAACACUUUGAGGCUUUGGAACCAUUCUAAUGACACGGUUGUGAAAUCUUACCGUGGUCAUGUUAAUUCAAAAUACAGUAUUUCGUCCUCAAUUUCUACAACAAAUGGGAAGUAUAUUGUUAGUGGUUCGGAAAAUAACUGUAUAUACUUGUGGGAUCUGCAGUCGAGGAGAAUGGUACAGAAGAUGGAAGGCCAUACAGGUACAGUCAUAUCUGUCUCGUGUCACCCGUCGGAGAACAUGAUUGCUUCGGGAGCUAUCGACUAUGAUAAGACUGUCAAGAUAUGGACUCAACAGAAAGACUGACAAUUUUGAUCUGGGCUAAUGUUCCAAUGAACUGGUGUGAGUGUAGAUAGCAGUAACUCACUUGUGAUGAUACCUUUUACCUCAUUUUGCAGUUUAGGGCUGUUAAUGAGAAACUUUAUAGGCUGCUUCGAAAAUAGUUGAUAGAUGAAAACAUGGAUUUGUGAAUAGAAUGAUUUUUUUGGUUGUUUAGAAGUAAAAAAUGUUUGUACUAUGGAAGUGUAUAGAUGAAAAUGUGAAUUUGUGCAUAGAAUGAUGUUUUGGUUAACAGGACUUUAAUUGAAUAAACAA